UCGAAGUUUGGAGGAAACUUUUAGCGGAUCGUGAGCGUGCGCGCCGCGCGGCUGUGUGUGGCGGGUUUCCUCUGCUUCGGCAGCGGCGGCGAUGAGCGAGGCUUUUCUCCUGGGUUAGUGAGAAGAAGUACGUUGAAAGAGGUGCUUUUAGAGUCGAUCUGCAGCAGGAAGGGGAAGCCUCUGAUCGCGGGCUCGCGCGCAACCCCCCCCCCCAACCCCCCGUCCUCGGAUUCCUCCCCUCGGUUGCGGGACACAGGAGAAGCUGGACGAAAUGGCGGAAACCAAAAUAAUCUACCACAUCGACGAGGAGGAGACGCCGUACUUGGUGAAGAUCCCAAUCGCGGCGGAGAACAUCACGCUGCUGGACUUCAAGCAGGUCCUCAACAAGCCCAACUACAAGUUCUUCUUCAAAUCCAUGGACCAGGACUUCGGGGUGGUGAAGGAAGAGAUCUCUGAUGACAGUGCCAAGCUGCCUUGCUUCAACGGGAGGGUCGUGUCCUGGCUGGUGUCUUCCGAUGGACCUCUUGCAGAGCCGGCACCUCCCCCGGUCGAAGUGCGACCUGAACCUUCGCCACCUCCACCCCCCCUGCCCCCACCCCCAGCUGAGAGGCCAGGGGGCAUCGGUGAUUCUAGACCCCCGUCCUUCCACCCCAAUGCUGCUGGCAGUGUGGAGGACUUGGAGGACCGCACAGAGACAGAGUCGGUGGUCUCCUACCGCCGAGAGCGACCGCGCCGCAGGGAGAGUUCGGAGCAGCACGGACCGCGCGCAAAUGGACAGAGCCGCCUGGAGCGCCAUCUGGCAGGUUACGAGAGCGCCAGCACGCUCAUGAGCAGCGAGCUGGACACCACGAGCUUCUGCGACUCGGAUGACGACGACACCAUGAGCAGGUUCAGCAGCUCCACGGAGCAGAGCACAGCAUCCCGGCUGCCAAAGAGACACCGCAGACGGAAGAAGCAGCGCCCCCCAAGGCUGGAACGGGCAUCUUCGUUCAGCAGCGUCACCGACUCCACCAUGUCCCUCAACAUAAUCACCGUCACACUCAACAUGGAGAAGUACAAUUUCCUGGGCAUCAGCAUCGUGGGACAGAGCAACGAAAGGGGAGACGGCGGCAUCUACAUCGGGUCCAUCAUGAAGGGCGGAGCCGUGGCGGCCGACGGGCGCAUCGACCCCGGGGACAUGCUGCUGCAGGUGAACGACAUCAACUUUGAGAACAUGAGCAAUGACGAUGCCGUCAGGGUGUUGAGGGAGAUCGUGCACAAACCGGGGCCUAUCAUCCUGACAGUGGCCAAAUGCUGGGACCCGACACCCCAGGGGUACUUUACACUCCCGCGCAAUGAGCCGAUCCGGCCCAUUGAUCCGGCUGUGUGGGUGAGCCACUCGGCAGCCAUGACAGGGGCGUACCCCCCCUAUCCAGGCAGCUCCUCGCUCAGCACCAUCACCUCCAGCUCCUCCGUCACAGAGACUGAGCGCUUUGAUGAGUUCAGCCUGUCGCUGCAUUCAGACAUGGCCUCGGUGGCCAAAGCCAUGGCCUCCCCAGAGUCUGGUCUGGAGGUCAGGGACCGCAUGUGGCUGAAGAUCACAAUCCCUAACGCCUUCCUGGGAUCUGAUGUGGUGGAAUGGCUGUACCACCACAUCGAGGGCUUCCAGGACCGCCGCGAGGCGCGCAAGUACGCCAGCAACCUGCUGAAGGCCGGCUUCAUCCGGCACACAGUCAAUAAGAUCACCUUCUCGGAGCAAUGCUACUAUAUCUUUGGGGACUUCAGCGACUGUGAGAACUACAUGGCAAACCUUUCUCUCAAUGACAAUGAUGGUUCCAGCGGGGCGUCUGACCAGGACACCCUGGCCCCCCUUCCUCUCCCGGGGUCCACCCCAUGGCCUAUGAUGCACUCCUUCCCCUACCAGUACCCGCACCCGUACUCAAGCCAGCCGCCGCCUUACCAUGAGCUGUCCAGCUACAGCUACGCCCCCGGCAGCACAGGCAGCCAACACAGUGAGGGGAGUCGCAGCAGUGGGUCCACGCGUAGUGAGGGCGAGCGCCGGCGAGGCGGUAAGGGCAGCGGCGGAGGCAGCACGGCGGGCGGCAGUGUGCGCGAGGACAAGUCGCAGGCCGGCGGAGGAGACUCUCGCUCCGAGAGUGGCAGCGAGUCCGAGUACUCGACCCGAAGCAGCCGGAGACGGGAACAUGGCUCGGCCACGCCCAGCGAGCACAGCCACCUGAGCCAGCGCUCGCACCCGCGCGCCCCGCCCCCCCACAUGCCUUACCCGCCUGGCAUCCCGCUCCCCUACAACCCAAUGAUGGUCAUGAUGGUCCCUCAGCAUGCGCACCCACACGCGGCAAUGGGCCCUCCGCUGCCCCAGCACCCUGCCCUGCCCCCCUCUACCACCCCGGGCGGCCCCCCAGGAGCACCUCCCACCCGCGACCUGGGCUCCGUUCCCCCUGAGCUCACUGCCUCCCGGCAGUCUUUCCACCUGGCCAUGGGAAACCCCAGCGAGUUCUUUGUUGAUGUCAUGUAGGGCUGUUCUAGAGGUGUGUGUGUGUGUGUGUGUGUGUGUGUGUGUGUGUGUGUGUGUGUGAGAGAGAAAAUGGCAACUGCGGCGCAGCAGGACCAAUGCUUGGAAGUAUCUGUAGUAUAAAUCGAGGGGGCCCUGCCCCCUUAUACUUGUUUAUAUUUUUUAAAAAAAA